AUGGAAGAAGGUCAAAAGGAGCCAGUUUCAUUUACUUCUGAUGAUAGUCAGAAUACUUCACAAGAAGAAAUUCGAGAAGGUGAACAGAAAAAUGAAAGCCUGAACAUGAUUCUUGAUGCUUGGAAAGAUUCGUUUACUUUUGAAGAUCGGCGAUAUUCUUCUUCACAACAAAGCUUGCAUGAUACCAUAUUUGUUUGUUCUAUUACCACCAAAAUUGUCGGCCUCGGAGCUAUAGAAUUCAAUGACCACGAAUUGCUUGAAUUGGUACGUUAUCCACAGAGCCCUUAUGAUAAGUCAGCUAUUAAGGUUUUUAAUUCUAGUUCUGUGGAAGUGGGUUACCUUCAUAUUCCAGUUGCUAAGGUUUUAUCUCCUUUAGUCGAUCUUCAAAAAAUUAAUCUUGAAGGUGAGGUGACUAAUUCAAGAAAUCGAUAUGAUAGUUCUAUGCCUUGUCUAGUUAAAAUCUUUUCGAAGUCAGAUGAUACACAGAACGUUCAAAAUUGGAUUUUGCAGAAUAGUUUGUGUUUUUGUGAUCAACCUGGUCCAAGUUUCAGGGCAUACGAGGGCAUGGGGGUUCAAGAAAAGAAUAUGAUAGAGAAAUUGGGGGCUUUGGAGCCACCAAAGAAUGUGAUUAAAGCUAAACUUCUUGAUCAUCAAAAGGAGGGGCUGUGGUGGUUGGUGAGUAAAGAGAAGUCUGAUGAGUUGCCCCCUUUUUGGGAGGUGAAAGAUGGGUUGUAUCUGAAUCUUUUGACAAUGCAUCAAACGGAUAGGAGACCAGAGCCUCUGCAUGGUGGGAUUUUUGCUGAUGAUCAUGGAUUGGGAAAGACUCUCACUUUUCUUUCUUUGAUUUCUUUUGAUAAGGUCGGCACCCUUCCUGAAGCAACAGGUAAGAGGGAUAUGGUCAUGUCUGUUUCUAGUGGGAAGAAGAGGGGUGGCCUAGUGAGGGGAAAGGGCACUGGAGGACAAAAAACACAUACCCUUUUGGGUAACAAUACGAAAGGAAGUUCUUUGGGCAUGGCUGAUGAGUAUUCUAGUGCUUUGGUUACUAAGCAAACAUUAGUUGUGUGCCCUUCUGUUGUGUGUUCAACAUGGGAAAGCCAACUACAGGAGCACACUCAUAAAGGAUCCCUCAAGCUAUACAAGUAUUAUGGAAACAGCAGGACGAAGGAUGUUGAGGAGCUUAAGAAAUAUGAUAUAGUGUUGACCACAUAUAGAACCUUGACUGCUGAGUGCUUUCGACGCAUGCGGUGCCCUUUGAGGAAGAUCGAGUGGUGGCGAGUCAUUUUGGACGAGGCUCAUGUGAUUAAGAAUGCAAAUGCCAGGCAAAGUCGGGCAGUCACUAAAUUUACCGCUAGGAAGAGGUGGGCUGUUACAGGAACACAGAUCCAGAAUGGACUGUUUGAUUUAUUUUCCCUGAUGGCCUUUCUCCAGUUAGAUCCACUCUCUAUAAAACGCUACUGGCAAGGCCUGUUGCAGAGACCACUUGCUGAUGGGGAUGAGAACCUACUGCAGGUUUUAAUGGCAACCAUUUCUCUGCGGCGACUAAAAGACAAGCUUUUAAUUGGAUUGCCAUCUAAGACUGUAGAGACAGUUUCCUUACAACUUUCUGGAGAAGAACGUGAACUGUAUGAUCGGAUGAAAUCAAGUUCCAAGGAUUUUGUCGAUUACUUUAUUUUUGCUGAUAGACUACGCAGCCGCUAUUCAUUUGUGCAUUUUUUAGUUUUACGACUUCGCAGGUUAUGUGAUGAUUCGGCCCUGUGUUCUUUGGAUCUCAUAUCAUUGCUCCCUUCUGACAAUAUUCGAGAUGCAUCCAAACAUCCAGAAUUGCUUGGAAAGAUGAUAGAUAUGCUUCAAGAUGGUGAAGAUUUUUUAUGUGCAAUUUGCGGUUGUCCACCAACUGAUGCUGUAAUCACGAAAUGUUUGCAUAUUUUUUGCAAACGAUGCAUUUGGUACUACCUCCCACGUAAAGAAUUGGAGAAAGGCUGCCCAACUUGUGGUGAUCCUAUUUCUAAGUCUGGCCUGUUCUCAUCCCCUCGAGAAUCUUCCAAUCCUGAAAACACUAAAAAAACAUCAAGAACAACUCCUUCCAAGGUCUCAGCUCUCAUAGAACUCUUGAAAGAAUCUAGUGUUGUGAACUCAAGCAGCAGUAAAUCAGUUGUUUUUUCAUUGUUCGAUAAGAUGUUGGUAUUGCUGGAAGAGCCGCUGAAAGAUGCUGGCUUCAAUACGUUGCAGUUGGAUGCAUCAACGGAUGAAAGGGGACCAGCCGAAAUAAUCAAGGAAUUUGGAUCUGCAAGACCAGGCACGGUUCUGCUUGCCAGUCUCAAGACUUCAGUAUUCGGCAUAAACCUCACAGCUGCUUCCGAAGUCUACCUGUUGGAGCCAUGGUGGAACUCAGCUGAUGAGGAACGGGCAAUAAACUGUGUUCACCGAUUUGGACAGAAGGAGAAUGUAAGAAUUGUUAGAUUAAUUGCUCAAAAUAGCAUUGAAGAAAGGAUAUUGGAGAUGCAAGAAAGGAAGAAACUGGAAAGUGAAGUUUUCAGAAGGCAAGGACAGAAGGAACGACGUGAGGUUAGCAUAGAUGAUCUCUGUAGCCUCUUAUCCUUCUGGACCUGA